AUGUCUGGCUUCGGCGGUGUGGGAACAGAGUUCAUCUCGAGGCUCGAUCCUCCCCGUGACAUGCUCAAGGGAUAUGACAACACAAAGACCUACAAAGACCAGUCUGGAUCUGUCCCGCAAAUCUUCCGAGAUGCGAUGUCUGUCCGCGAGGAAGUCUUUGGCGAGCAGGGUGUGCCGUUGGAAGCCGAGUUCGAUGAGGACGACCCGCGUAGCUACCAUUUCGUCGUGUACGCCUCUGUUGCCCCGACGUCCUCGUCUCCGCCCCCCGGCAAUUUGAAAGAUAAGGAGAACAUCAGCAAAAUCGAGGAGGAUCGUCGUCGUUCAUCGUCCGCCCAGCGCCUGCCUGUUGGCACCAUUCGGCUCAUACCCCCCCCACAUGGUCCGAAUAAGUAUAAGGAAGGAGACAAGCAUCCGGAUGCGGACCCUCCACCAUCAGUCAGCGCCCACCCAACCGAGCCAUAUAUCAAGUUGGGCCGUCUGUCCAUACUGAAGGAAUACCGCUCCCUCGGCCUGGCAAAGCUUCUCAUCAAUGCGGCUAUCGAUUACGCAGCUCAGCACCCGGAGGAAGUCUGUCCACCACCAUCCCCAACCGCCUUGGAAGCUGCAAGCCGUCUUGGCAAGGCUGCAGAAGAUGCUGUCCUCUUCCGAGGUCUCUGCAUGAUUCAUGCCCAAGUCAACGUCGAGAAACUGUGGAAUAAGUAUGGUUUCACCGAAGAACUUAUCACGCCCGGCGGCGCCGUCAUCGAAAUCCCAGCAGAAGACCAUUGGGUCGAGGAAGGCCUCGAACAUAUGGCUAUGUGGAAGCGGGUUAACAUGGAUGCGGAGACCGGAAGGUUGUAG